CAAUUAAAUUAAGUAUCGAUUAAAUUGUGGACAAAAUGGACGGCGAUUUGUACGACGAGUUCGGCAAUUAUAUCGGACCAGACAUCGAGUCGGACGAAGACUCGGACCAAGACUUGGAUGACUCGGACCGGCAAUCAGACGAUUACAACGAUCCACACCAUGAGGAUCAGUUGAUGGUCGAAGACGGCAAAGACGAGGACAUGGAGACAGCGGUUGUCUUGCAUGAGGACAAGAAGUAUUACCCGACGGCCGAAGAGGUGUACGGACCGGACGUGGAGACCAUUGUCCAGGAAGAAGACGCCCAACCGCUGACUGAACCCAUUAUACAACCGAUUCGUCUCAAGAAGUUCUCACAUGAAGUACAAGACUUGCCGACAACUGUCUAUGACUUGGAAUUCAUGACGGAUCUGAUGGACAACACAGAACUGAUACGAAACGUUGCAUUCGUGGGUCACUUACAUCACGGAAAGACUACUUUCAUUGAUUGCAUUGUAGAGCAAACACAUCCCGAACUGAAGAGCAAAGAGGGAAAAGCG